AUGAAAACUUUGCAAAAGAAGGAAUUAUGGAAAAUAGUCAAGGAACCAAUAGAGUUUUUAUCACUACCGAACAAUGUAGAACAAUUUGUUAUGAAGUGUAUCAAAAGUAAAAACAUUAAAAUUCCAAAAGAACAUACGUCUUUGUUUGUUAGAAUUAAAAAUCUAGUUGAUUCAAUGCUAAGAUUAUGGAAAAAUCCUAAAUACCAAAAAUGUCGACCAAAUAUAAAUGAAUCCACUUGGGGACAUAAUAUAUUGAAGCCUAUUAUCGAUUUUAUUGAAUAUGAUUUAGAGUCAGAGAUCUUAAUACGAUGGGAUGCCAUAACUAAAGGUCCUAUUAAAAAGUACGAUAUAUUUGGUGUGUGUAAAAAUGAAAGCUAUGAUUUAGAAUUUAUUCUUGGUGAGAUAUCUUAUGGGCCUCUAGAUGAAACAAAAAAACAUUCAAUUAAAGAUAGAAUUAAGUUAAGUAAAGGAGCAAAGGAUUCAUUUGAUAGUAUAUCAAGAACUUACUCCAAAUCUCCAAAUUUUAAUCCCACGAAUUUGAAAAUCUAUUUGUUGCAUUCGCAUGGGACAAAGUUGGAAUUUUUAAUUGUCGAUAAAAAAUUUAUACCAAUGUUCCGAAUGAGAAGAUUAGCAAGUAUUGAAAUCCCAUUUAAAAAGGAUUCAGAUUUAUUAGAACUAAUUAAAGUUUUGCACACCUUUAAAACGGAAGAGAAUGAUGAAAAUAGUGAUGGAUGUGAAAAUUAUGAAAAUUAUGAAAGCGAUAAAGAUGCGGAAGAGUAUGAAGGAAGUGAAAGUAGUUAUGGAUAUGAAAAUUAUGAAAGUGAUGAGAAUAACAUUCUAACAUUUAAUACGCCAGUUAUACAAAAAACGAAAAACGAUGUUUAG